ACAUCAAACAUCAAAUCCUCAAAAAUUCGACCAGAAGCAUAAUUCUAACUUCCGUUCCUCAACCUUAUUAACCUUCCACGUUUUGCCAACUGCAUAAACCUUAAACAACAUCAAUUAUUUUCUACCCUCUGCCUGUGUCUUUCUGUCUCCGCCAUCAAAUUUUCUCUCCAAAACCUCCAUUUCCCCCUAUCUCUCUGCCUGAAAACUACCAUUUUUUGGAGGCGGGAAAAGGGUAGUUCGCAGUUAAAACCAUUUAACUUACAAAGGGCUGUUUUUGUUUCUUGGUAUCUUGCUUUCUUUUUUCUUGUUGGAUCGAUUUUUUUUUGCCUUCUGCAGCCAUGGUGAUGAAGGUAGCGUCGCCAAAAAAGGUUGCUUCCAUUACAGAGAAGGUAUGGCAGAGAGUUUAUGGCAGUAGUAGUAGCAGCGGCCAUUAUCAUCAUCAUCAUCAACAUCAAAGGAGGUGUUCUUAUGAGAGUGACGAUGAAUACGAGGAUGAUGAUGGGACCAUUCAGUUGAUGCAGAUGGGUGCUGAAAGAACCAAGAAUGUGCUGAUUCUCAUGAGUGAUACGGGUGGUGGCCAUAGAGCUUCAGCUGAAGCUAUCCGCGACGCCUUUCAGAUUGAGUUUGGAGAUGAAUACAGGAUAUUUGUGAAAGAUGUUUGGAAAGAAUACACAGGAUGGCCAUUGAACAACAUGGAGAGGUCCUAUAAGUUCAUGGUGAAACACGUACAACUCUGGAAAGUUGCCUUUCACAGUACCUCUCCUAGAUGGAUACAUAGCUGCUAUCUUGCUGCCAUUGCUGCCUAUUACGCCAAGGAGGUAGAGGCUGGCCUCAUGGAGUACAAGCCGGACAUUAUCAUUAGUGUGCACCCAUUAAUGCAACACAUUCCUCUCUGGGUUCUUAAAUGGCAAGGCCUUCAACAGAAAGUAAUUUUUGUUACUGUAAUUACAGACCUCAAUACCUGCCAUCCCACGUGGUUUCAUCCAGGGGUUAACAGAUGCUACUGCCCGUCAAAUGAGGUAGCCCAGAGAGCAUUAUACGAUGGCCUUGAAGAGUCCCAAAUUCGGGUUUUUGGUCUGCCUAUUCGCCCUUCUUUUGCCCGUGCAGUUCUUUCCAAGGAAGAUUUAAGAAAAGAGCUUGAGUUGGAUCCUGAUUUGCCUGCGGUUCUGCUGAUGGGAGGGGGUGAAGGAAUGGGCCCUGUUAAGAAAACAGCGAUGGCUCUUGACGAAUCACUCUAUGAUAAAGAUCAAGAGAAACCAAUAGGGCAAUUAAUCAUAAUAUGUGGCCGAAACAAAGCCCUUGCCUCUACAUUGGAAUCAGAGGAAUGGAAGAUCCCGGUGAAAGUAAGAGGGUUUGAAACUCAGAUGGAGAAAUGGAUGGGAGUUUGUGACUGCUUAAUUACAAAAGCUGGUCCUGGUACCAUUGCAGAGGCCUUGAUCAGGGGGCUUCCAAUUGUUCUCAAUGACUACAUUCCAGGACAGGAAAAGGGCAAUGUACCUUAUGUAGUAAACAAUGGCGCAGGAGUAUUCACCAGAAGUCCUAAGGAAACAGCUAGAAUCGUGGCAGAAUGGUUCAGCACAAAGACAGAUGAGCUACAUAGAAUGUCAGAGAAUGCUCUUAAACUAGCACAACCAGAGGCCGUAUUUGAUAUUGUAAAGGAUGUCCAUGAGCUUGCCUGCCAAAGAGGGCCUCUAGCCAAUCUUCCUUAUGUCUUGACAUCAUCAUUCACAAGCCUAAUUUAAUGGAUAACAUCUACGUCUUCCAACUAUAACUAAGAUUUGAUAUCUAGUAACCUCUGUACAAGUAAGCUUUAGUAUAGUACCAUUCUUUGGCCUCAGAGGUUUUUGUCACCAUGAAAGAGCUGCAAAAUUCUGCUAAAACCAGCUUUGAAUUUUGCAAGUUCAUCAAAAGAAGAAAAACAAAACUGUGUAACUUAGGUUAAUGUGAAAGUUGAAAUUGUUGUAA